AUGCAAGUGGAAGUUCAAAGCCUCAGCCUUGAAGAGUGUCCCUGGAGACUUCCAGGCCCCGAAUGUGAACGUGAAGCCCUCCUGCCCAGUGGGGCAAGGCGCCGGAUUGACCUUCGCCUGAGUGGGAGGGCAGUCGCUGUUUGGGUCCACGUUAGGGGCGAUCCAGGUCAAUUUAACUUGUCAUCUACCACGGGAAGACAUAAGAAGCCAAACCCACACCAAAACAUGAACAGGGGGAUGGAAUUUAUUGUUCCUGUAUCAGCUCCCACCAAAUCUGGUGCCCCGUGGCAUUUUCUUUCUCAAGGUCCCACGGAUGCCCAGAGAGCAGUCAGAAUCAGGCCAGGCACCAGGAUGGGCUUGUCCUCAGAUCCAGUUGUUGGCACCUUGUCUUCCAAUUACCUAGCUCUGCUAACUCUCUCUUACAAGCCUGGGAGGAGAGUGAGAAGUUCAUACCUAAACGUACGUGGGCAUGAAGUAAGAAAGCUCCAGAAUUCUGUCGAGGCCAUAGAGAUUUCCAGAACUGGCAGCAGUUAA